AUGCAGGAUUCAAAGGACGCCAAUCGAGUGGAGAUAGUUGCAUCUGCACUAUCGAAUGGAAGCGUGUCGAGACGAUCUACUUGGGGUAAAAUUGCUGAAAAAUUACAAGUGCCUCAUGGAAAUAAAUCGAUCAGUGUUCUGAGGAAUCCUGAUUUAGAUCCUAUACCUGCAAAUGAAAGGACAUGGGGGUUUUGGUCAUAUUUCGCAUUUUGGGGGUUACCAAAUUUUGGUGCACCUUCAUUGUCAUUUGGAUCAGCAGUGUUGUCACUCGGUCUUAACAUUCAACAAUCCAUUGGUGCUCUUGUGAUUAGCAAUACGUUGAUCGUAUUGUACACGAUUGCAAAUUCGAAUCCUGGUAUUAAAUAUCAUGUCGGUUAUACGAUUGAUCAAAGAAUGAUCUUUGGAGUUUAUGGAUCUUACUUUGGUAUUAUUAUUCGUGUUGGUCUUUCAGUGGUCCAAUACGCAUCAGGUGCAUGGUUGGGUGGACUUUAUAUGAAUAUGAUUUUCAGUGCCUUUUCAAAAAAUUAUUACUACAUGAAAAAUACAUUCCCUGAAUCUGUCCCCAUGUCAAGAAGGGAUUGUAUUGGAUUUUUAUGUUUUCAAUUGAUUCAAAUGCCCUUGUCUUGGUUGAAACCACGUCAUACAAAUAUUCCAGCAAUGGUUGCUUGUUGUAUGUCAGGUUUAGCCAUGAUUGGUAUGUUGGCAUAUCUAAUCACUAAAAAUGGUGGGCCGGGUCCAUUUUGGUACGAAAAAGUUACAUUAUCCACAUCUCAAAGGUCAUGGAUGUGGUUGUACUCUAUGGCAAUUUGGUAUUCAGGUGUUUCUGCCGCCGUAGUGAAUCAAUCAGAUUUUUCCAGAUUUGCCAAAAGUAAAUGGUCAUGUUAUUCAGGUCUUUUCUGGGGCAUUUCCAUUCCAGGUACUUUUGUACCAUUUGCAGGUAUGCUUUAUGCGUCUGCAUCUAAACAGCUGUAUGGUACCGCAUAUUGGAGACCCGAUGAGAUUAUAGGACAAUGGUUUGAAAUCGAUUAUAAUGCAAAGGCCCGUGCUGCAUCUUUCUUUAUCGGGUUGGCAUUUACAUCGUGUCAAGUCUUUAUGAAUAUGACACAAAACGGAUAUCCCUGUGGUAUGGAUUUAGCAGGAAUAUUUCCCAAGUAUAUCAAUAUUACUAGAGGAACUCUAGCGAUGCAAUUAUUAUCAUGGGUGGUUCAACCUUGGACUUUUUACAACACGUCAAAUCAAUUUCUCAAUGCCACCAGUUCGUUCGGUAUGUUUACUACGCCAAUCAUAGCCAUUAACGUCAUUGAAUUCUACUGGUAUAGAAAGCAAAACUUAACGUUGAUAGAUUUUUACUCGACAUCUGAAAAGGGCGCAUAUUGGUAUUAUUACGGAGUUAAUUGGAAACCAUUUUUACCUGUACUCGCAUCUGUUGCCCUAUGUGUUCCUGGGCUUUAUUAUUCUGUUAAUGCUCAAGUGAAACCAAAUAACAAUAUCUUUAAUUAUUAUUAUGGUUACAUGUUUUUCAUACCCAUAACUUCCGUCGGUCUUUAUGCUAUAAUAUUAUUCUUCUUCCCUGAUAAACAUGAAAGGAAAGGAGUUACUGAUCCAGUGGAUUAUUUCAACUGCUUUAGCGAAAGGGAAAGAGAGGAAUUGGGCAUGUUGCCCUGUAGUGAAAACUACAUCGAUGGUGAUGUUUUUGAACUUCUCGAUGCUGAGGAGGGGAGAAAUUCUAGCGAAGAAGUGCGUUCAGAAGAAAUUAAAGUACCUGCAACUAAGAUUUCACUACGCGAUGGUGAAGUCUAA